CUAGAUGAACCCCUCCUAUUUUAGCACGUUCAGUUGGAGUUUUCUCUGCCGCGGCUGCUGUUUUUUCUUCCUUUUUCUGUCCUACUUGAAUCGAUCUGGGGGCCGAAUUUGGACUUCAGUAGGUUUGUGGAGAGAUAAACCGCAGAUCCCUAGCUACAUCCACCCUUCAAUUUAUCAACCCUUGACUGUCAUUUGUACGCCCGGAUAUCCCAUUUAAUACAGAAACUACGAUGGAUAAAACGGAUCUUAUCCAGAAGGCCAAGCUGGCAGAGCAGGCUGAGCGCUACGAUGACAUGGCAGAGUGCAUGAAGGAGGUCACAGAGAAGGGAGGCGAGCUGUCAAACGAGGAGAGGAACCUGCUCUCUGUCGCCUACAAAAACGUGGUCGGGGCGAGGCGGUCCUCAUGGAGGGUGUUGUCCAGCAUCGGGAUGAAGACCGACGGGAGUGGGUGCGAGAAGAAGAAGCAGAUGGUCCAUGAGUACCGGGCGAAGGUGGAGAAGGAGCUGCAGGACAUCUGCUACUGUGUUUUGAACUUGCUGGACUCUUAUUUAAUUGAAAAUGCCACAAAUCCAGAGAGCAAAGUCUUCUAUUUAAAGAUGAAGGGGGACUACUAUAGAUACCUUGCUGAAGUUGCUUCUGGAGAAACCAAGUCGGGGACCAUUGACCAAUCACAAGAAUCUUACCAGGCUGCAUUUGACGUCAGCUCCACUGAGAUGGACCCCACACAUCCCAUUCGCCUGGGGUUGGCUCUUAACUUCUCCGUCUUCUUCUAUGAGAUCCUCAACUCACCAGAAAAAGCUUGCGAGUUGGCUAAAAAGGCAUUUGAUGACGCCAUCGCAGAGCUGGAUCAGCUACAUGAGGAGUCCUACAAAGACAGCACUCUCAUCAUGCAGCUCCUCCGAGACAACCUGACAUUAUGGACGUCAGACAACGCUCCUGAGGAGGCCGACGGCGGGGAAGGAGAGGGAGGCGAGACCGAGAACUAGAGCACCAACUUCCUCUAUAUUGUUGGGAUUCUUUCUCUAAACAAAACAAAAAAAACAACUUUUUACAUUUUUCUUUAUUCCUUAAUGCUUCACUCAAUCAUUCCACCAGUUCAUUCCAUUCAUGAGUUAAUAUAAAGAACCAAAAUUAUUUGUGCCAAGCAGAUUAGGACAAUAAUUGGUGAAAAGAGGAACCAUCUAUUCCUUUUACUGGUAGUUUUGCUUCUUGGCCUUCCCAUCUGUGUAGUUUGAACUGCCGAAAGUAUCUGAUACUCUGAAAUUAUAUCGCCCCCCCCACCCCAGUUCACUUUAGAGGCAAAGAAGUUGGAAGCUUGACUCAAUCAAGUGAGACAAAGUAUAAACAUGCAAUAGUUUCCCUCACAUAUUUUUUGUAGUAUGUAUCUACACGUGUGGUGUUACCUGUGCUGAGGUACAAGAUUAAAGAUGUAAUUUUUACACUGCAGGGAAAUCCAGUGCGCUACACUUAAAAAAAAUAUUUCAACACAUAAGCAGUGCUCAUUGGUUGGACGUUCACUUCCUGAUCUCGUCAUAUUUCACUAAAAAUCUGUUUGGGAUAAAUUUAUGGCUUUUAUCAGACAUUGUUACUGGAGAGAUGUGCUCGUCCUGCACGUCUCUUCAGAUAUUACACUGGAAUGGGAACAAUGCGGUUUUGUACACUUUGCGAGGGUAUUAUUUUCUAGUCUGUCCAGUGAUUGUCACUAGAGAUUUGGACCACUAUUGUUUUGUAAUUGAGUCAGUUGUAGUCCCCAAGAGCCUCGUGGAACUUUUGAAUCCUGGUGCAUCUACCAUGUUAACAAGAAUAAAACAUUUUAUAAACCAAA